GUGAUUCUACUCCCCACGUUUGCGUGUGAUAUAAUCCCAUUGCGGUAGCUCGGGUUUCAAGAAUGAACGGGACUCCACCCCCUCCGCCGCUGGACAGAGAGGAACACGUCCUUCGCCUCGGCGAGAGUUUCGAAAAGAGGCCGCGUUCUUCUUUUCACACAGUGCGCUAUGAUUUCAAGCCAGCAUCCAUUGACACUUCUUGCGAGGGGGAACUUCAAGUUGGCAAAGGAGAUGAAGUAACAAUUACCUUGCCGCACAUUCCUGGUUCAACACCUCCCAUGACGGUAUUUAAAGGAAACAAACGGCCUUACCAAAAGGACUGUGUGCUGAUCAUUAACCAUGACACAGGGGAGUAUGUGCUGGAAAAACUGAGCAGCAGCAUUCAAGUAAAGAAAACCAGAGCUGAGGGCAGCAGUAAGAUCCAAGCACGUAUAGAACAGCAGUCAGCCCGCGCUUCUCAACCCACACCUCAGUUCAAAGCACCUUCCAAAGUAGCUGCUGGGACUAAAACAUCUCCAUUAAAAGACCAUCCUUCUCCUGAACCACAGCUUGAUGACAUUAAAAGAGAACUGAGGGCAGAGGUUGAAAUUAUAGAGCAAAUGAGCAGCACCAGCGGCAGCAGUUCUGAAUCCGGGAGCUCCUCUGGGAGUGACGAUGACAGCUCUAGCAGUGGUGGAGAAGAAGAAACACAGGAAUCCCCAUCUCAACAGCUGCCACCUCAACAGCUGCCACCUCAACAAUAUAACAGCAGGAUACCUGUUUCUAAUGGCAGCAGUAGGUCACAAGGAACAAAUCAGCUAAUGAACACACUCAGUAAGUAUUGCUUGCUUAGUUCAGUGCAUGUUGUACUGUAUAUUGCUGUGUUUCCAGGAAAACAUUCUCAGAAUAACCUUUCAAGCAUACAGAUGUAUCUUUCUCUCAUAAAGGUUCUGUGGUGUAAUUGAAUCAUUGACCAUGGACAUUUUACUCAUUUUAAGCAGUCCCAAAUGUAUGCUUCCUUUCUAGUGGAGAAAGUGCUGAGAAGCUACACAUAAAGUGCUUUUUGAGAGGGUUGCUGGUAUAUAUAACACUGGAGAAGUAAUCAAGGCAAAUGUUUAAUCGUUAAUUAUAGCUACUAGGCAUCCACACUAGAAGUAUGACACAUAAAAUAGAUGAUCAAUUAUAAUAACUUAGCUAUACAAGAAAAGAAGCAAGACAUAUAAAUGUCAGAGUUAAUGCUUUCUCCAACAUAAAAAUGCUUUGCCCCACCAACUAGGUGAUACCUAGGAAGAAGCAGACACUGAUAGAUAUGUUACCAUUACUGUUAAGCAUCAAAAA